AUGUUACAUUAUCAAAAUUUGAAUUUGAUCGUUCAAUUAUCUAAAGAGAUAUCAUUAAUAUCACCGAAUCUUACACUCGAACAUUAUAUUCUCCUUCUUUGGAAGAUAUUGAAUAUAUUAAUAAUUUACAAAGCAUUACAUGAUAUUUUUAAUACCAAACUAAAGAAUAAAUAUUAUUAUUUAAAUAACAAAGAACAAACAUUUUUAUGUAUUAAUUUAGAUACAAAUUAUGAUGAGAAAGAUGGUGAAGGUGAUGAAUCUAUUUCUAGCGAAACCACAAGUUGUGGUUAUGAUACAUCAACUAGUAUAUCUACUUCUACCUUCUCAAAUGAUGAUUAUUCAACUAUUGACUCAUUUGCAGAUCAUGGAUUAGGAGUUAUUUGGACGAAUACGAAAGAACAUGGAGAAUUUGGGACCAUCAUCGUAGAUUAUUAUUUUUUAAAGAAAUUUUUUGAUUUCAAUGAUUGAUUAAACUGCGGUGCGGUUUACAUCUUGUAUCAUGUUAAAUUUUAUAUGACCUAUUUCAUCUUGUUUUGUAUUUCAUAUCAUAUACA